CUUCGACUCCGCAAAAGACACCACCCAGUCUUUGCCAUCUUCAAAUCAACACAAUGCGCCGGUACCAUAACGUUGCGAUUUCACCGUGGUUGGACCCGUUUGCCAGUGCGCUGACACCGGCGAAGCCCUACGCUCAGUCCGCCGAGUCUUCCGCGUAUAAACGCGUAAUACAAUACCCCCCUCCAGUCUUCACACAUCCGGACGUGCAGAUGAUAUUAGAAAGUGAUGAUGAGGAUGAUGGAGCUGCGGGCGCCCCGGUAAUGUCUGGAGCAUUGCCUGUAGAAGAGGCACCACCAGCACCAGAACCUCCAGCAAGCGACCCAGAACCACCGCCUCCGCCGCCUCCCCCUCCGCCUGAACCUGAACCAACAGAAAGCCAGCCAGAAGUGGACGCACCACCUCCUCCACCCCCUCCAUUCCCUCCACUAGAACCUGAGGAGAGUUCAGCUGCAGCAGAAGAUGUCCCCGAGGCACCCGCCCCACCAGAGGCUCCAGAAGAGCCAGAAGUCGUGGAAGAACCUGUAAAACAAGACGAACAGAACGAUGAUGGUGACGGCGGUGCACCGCUAGACGAACCCGCUGCUAGCGAAGAACCCGUCAGUGAAGCACUACAGGACGCGGAGCCUAAAGGCGACGACGACAGUGCAAUCCCGGCUACGGAAGGUGACCAAGGUGGUGUCGAGAUAGUCGCUGACAGUGCCGAGCCGGCAUCGGAAUCGAAUCCUUCGCCUGAUGACCCAAAGUCCGAAGGUAGUUCCCCAGACGCCACAAGUGAUGGACCUAGCGAAGAGAACACGCCUGCGCAUGAAGAGCCAGCUGAAGAGCCUUCUCCACCAAUUGAGCCAGCAAAUACUCCAGAAGUGGAAGCUAGCGCCGAUGAUACUACGGGUGAAGCCGCACCAGAGCCUGGCCCACCCACUGAAGAACCGCCUCCUGGCCCUGACGAAGCACAACCAGUCCAGGAGCAAGCAGCGGAGCCUGCAGAAUCUGAAGAUACACCUUCUCCUAGUGCACCCGAAGAAGUAAAGGAGCCAGAAACAGCACCUGAAGAGUCCGCGCCGACUCCCGAAGAAGGUCCGGGAGAAAUGGAAGCUGUAAUACCGGACUCCGAGCCCCCUCCACCUCCCCCUCCGCCUGCCCCUGCGGACCCUGUUGCGGCUGAAGAAGAACCUAAAAGUGAAGAUGUGCCAUCAUCUGAUCCUGCCGCUGAUCCUGCCGCCGCAAUGCCGCAUGAAGAGAAAAAUGUGCACUUUCCUCCGGACAUGAAAGAGCCCAAACCUAGCACGAUCGGGAGGAAGAAGAAUAGCAAAGCGAACGGUAGAGGAAAGGCCAAAGGUUUUGUGAGGCAAAAGGACUCACCAGCGCCUGCUCCUGCUCCUCCUCCAGCAAAAGAAGUCAAGAAAAAGGAGAAGGAGAGUAAAGCUACGCCGGCUCCGCCACCACCCUCUUCCAACGAGAAAAAGAAGACUCCCACUAAGAAAGUGGAACCAAAAGCCAAGAGGGACAAAAAGAGUAAGGGUAAGAAAGGGAAAGGAAAGGUGGAAGAUAAGGAUUCCGAGUCUGCGUCACUUGACAAGGAGUCCCCUGAGGUUAUUGAAGUUCCAAACGACCCUCCGGCACCACCUCCUGAACCAGAAGCCCCGGCAGAUGUACCUACAGAUAGCGCUGAAGUGCAAAACGAGGUCCCUCCACCACCCCCUCCGCCACCUGACGAGCCGGCGGACACGCCGCCAGAAAACAGUGAUGAGCAAAACGAUACAGUCGAGGCGGAAACAAGCACAGGGGAUGACGUUCAAGACGACUCGCCUCCCCCGCCUCCGCCUCCGCCUCCCCCGCCAGAGAUGCCCGCAGAAACGCCCUGGGGAAAUGCAGAAGAGCCAUCACCGCCAGAAGAUGGUACCCCAUCAGACAGUGUAGAAGCUGAAAGCGAGCCCGCGGAAUCGAAACCGCCUGCGCCCACCGAAGAUUCGUCAGAGCCCAGCGAGCCCGUUGAGCAACCUGUGACAUCGCCUUCCUCCGAUGAUGUUGCAGUUGAAGAGAAGGCCGUUGACCCGGAGCCCGAGUCUACCUCAGCCCAGCCCGAGGAAAGUGAAGCCCAAAACGAGGCUCCUUCACCACCCGCCCCUCAGGAACCACCUGCAGACGAAGUCGCUGAGGUGGCCGAAGAAAAGCCGGAAAAUGUGGAAGCUGAGGUCCCCGUGGAGGAGACACCUACGAGUACUGAUGACGCCGAGCCAGCACCAGAGCCAACGCCACCAUCACCUGAAGAAGCUCCAAAAGAGGGAGACGAGGGCGAGAGUGCUGAGAAAGCCCUAGAGGACUCAGCUGAGGCAGCGGGUGAUGACGCGAAAGAAGAGGAGAAUACGCCGGUUGCUGUAGGUGAAGAAGAGGCGGAAAGUGCAGCUGAAGAGCCCGCAUCAGACCCAACUCCACCUCCGCCUGAAGCCCCUGUUGAAAUAGAAGGCGAAAUAGAAGGCGAAACAGCACCAGAUGAGCCAAUCGAGCCCACUUUCGAAGAGCAGAAAGACGAAGAGGCUUCACCAGCUGCUUCACCCGAGGCAAAAACGGAACUCCCAAUUGAAGAACCUGCUUCGGAAUCAACUGCAGCUCCUAAGGAAGCAGCAGAGCCAAGUGAACCUGUCCCUGGAGAAGCGAAAGAAGAGGAAAGCGCACCACCAGCUGAAGCAAAGGAAUCGGAGGCCCCAGUCGUUGAAGCGCCCACGGAAGUGGCCUCCGAGGACCAAAGCGGCCAGGAGCCGCUUUCCAUUGCCGAAGAUAUUCAGCUAAAGGCAGACCCUGAAGUGAAGGAACAGGAACCUGAGACUGACGGCGCAAAGCCCGGAGACUCGGCCGUCGAAUCGCCUGUUGCUACCGAGGAACCGGUUGUGGAAGAAUCUGCCCUGGAAAAGCCUGCUGUGGAAGAAACUGCUGUGGAGGAAACUGUAGCCGACGGACCAAGUGUUGAAGAACCCGCCGUCCAGGAGCCUGCUGCGGAAGAGUCUACAACCAACAAAGAAGAAAAUCCCAAUGUUGAAGAAGCCGCGGCCCAAGAACCUACACCAGAGGACCCUGUCACCGAAACACCGUCUGCUACGGAAGUGGAAGAAGGAGUGGCGCCUGUAGGCAGUGAACUGGCUCAAGACGACGACCCCAAAGGGGUAGCUGAGUCGACCGAAGGAGAGAAUGCGGCUGAAGCGCUCAAGGAGGCCGUCAAUGAUGAGCAAGAGGUGGACGAAGCGGAAACCCCUGAGUCUGUUCCUGAAGCUCCAGCUGAGGAAGAGAAGGCGACUGAAACACCCCCGGAAGCUGGCGAAGAUGAACACAAAGAAGACGAAGGGGAAACCCCUGAACCUACUGCCGAAACUCCAGCCCCUAUUGAAGAGGAGAAGGUGGAUGAACCACCUCCAGAAGUUGGUGAAGAUGUACACAAAGAGGAUGAAGGGGAAACCUCUGAGCCCACUGCCGAAGCUGCUAACCCCGUCGAAGAAGAAAAGGCUCCUGAAGUACCCGCGGAGGUUGUCAAUGAUGAACAGAAAGUAGACGAUGAGGAAGGCUCUGAACCUACUGCCGAAGUUCCACCUACUGCCGAAGAGGAGAAGGUGGCUGAAGCACCCCCGGAUACUGUCAGUGAUGAACACGAAUCGGAUGAAGUGGAGAGUCCCGAGCCUGCUACAGAGGAUCCUCCCGCUGUAGAUGCCCCAGGAGAAGAAACAGUACCCACUGAGGAUCCUACUCCUGCCGACGAAGAGAGCCCAGUCGACACCUCAACGCAGCCCACCUCGGAGGCUCCCGAUGUAGAUGAGAAAUCAGACGACGGCCCUGAGGCAGCCGACCCAACCGACAGUUCCGAGACAAAGGAGCCAGAAAAUGUGCCAGAGAGUUCAGACGCAGAGUCUGCUAAUGAGUCUACCGCGGUAGAGACGCCCAGCGAUGCCGCUCCAGCUGGUGAAGAUGCCGCCGUUACGGAAGAGGCCAAUAUUGAACAAGUUCCUGUCAGCAUCGAUGAUUCCCCACCAAUCGAGGCCGAAGCCAUGGCCCCUACUGUUCCAGAUCCGGCUUUAGAGCCUCCCGCAGAUAGUCCUGCAGAAGACCCUCCUACAGAAGACAAACCCCAAGUGCCCGAUGAGAGUCCAGCAGCAGAAAAGCCAGCUGAACCUAUCCCGGAGGAUGUCGUUAGUGAGCAAGAAGUUGAAGCCAAGCCAGAGGAACCUCCCCCUGCACAAGAAGAGGAGACUAACGCGCCAGAACAAGCUAAGGAGCAAAAGAUUAAUGAGAGCCCAACCACUCAAGAAGAACUGGUCUCAACAGAGGCGGAAAAUCCGGAGGAUAAGCCUAGCUCAGAGGAUGUCGGUAGUAGUGAGCAAACGCCCGCCAGCGAAGAGGCUACCAAACCUUCUCCUAAGACUACUUCGCCCGAAGAACCUAGUGAAGAGCCUAGUCCAGAGGUCCCUGAAGGCAGCGAAGAAGCUGAUACCGAUGAACCCCCUGCCGAAGCCCCAUUGGAUACCGCGACAGUAGACGUGCCUCCUGUAGAAACAGUUGAGGUUGAACCAAAGGUUGAGGAAGCUCCGAAAGAUCCUCCUGCUCCAGAAGGAGAAGCGAGUGAAGCCCCAAGUAGCGAAGAAGCCAAAGUGGAUGAAGUGGGAAGCCCUGCGCCUAUUGUAGAGGACUCCCCGGCAGUAGAGGACUCCCCAGCAGUAGAGGACUCCCCAACAACAGAUCCGCCAGCUGAAGAGCCUGCCCCCCUUGAAGAUCCGGCUCCAGUCGAAGACGCUUCUCCUCCUCCUGAGGAGCCAGCUUCCGAAAAACCAGCUCCAGUCGAGGAGGCCCCCCCUCUCGAAGAAUCAGCCUCAAUUGAAGACGCUUCCCCUCCUGAGGAACCAGCUCUAGUGGAAGAUGCUCCCCCUCCUCCUGAGGAGCCAGCUACCGAAGAACCAGCUUCAGUCGAAGAUGCUUCUCCUCCUGCUGAGGAACCAGCUCCAGUUGAUGAUACUCCCCCACCUCCCGAAGAACCAGCCUCAGUCGAAGAAGCUCCUCCAGAAGAACCAGCUUCAGUCGAAGACGCUCCUCCUCCUCCUCCUCCUCCUCCUGAGGAACCAGCUCCAAUUGAUGAUACUUCCCCACCUCCUCCCGAAGAACCAGCUCCGGUCGAAGACGCUACCCCACCUCCUCCCGAAGAACCAGCUCCGGUCGAAGAUGCUACCGCGCCUCCUCUCGAAGAACCAGCCUCAGUCGAAGAAGCUCCUCCCGAAGAACCAGUCCCAGUCGAAGACGCUCCCCCUCCUCCUCCUGCUGAAGAGCCAGCCCCCGUCGAGGAAGACAAGGCGAUCGAGCAAGUCUCGGAAGACCCUCCGCCUCCAGAAGAAACUGAGAGUGCUCCACCGGCUGCAGACGACCCUCCAGUCAUCGAUGCCCCGGCCGAAGACACUACCCCUACCGAAGUGCCGGCCCCUGUGGAGGAAGAAAAGGCAAUCGAAGCACCCCCAGAGCAACCCGCCUCGGACGCGGUGGAUGUCGAGCCAACACCGAAAGACACUGCUCUAACCCCUCCCGAGGAAGAGAAAGCGGUUGAAGCACCUGCCGAGGAAGAGAAAACGGUUGAAGCGCCUGCCGAGCCGCCUGCAGCCCCGAAGACUCCACCCAAUGAAUCCGCCAUAGCCAACGAACCAGCUUCUCCGAGUUCGCCCUCGAAAGAGAAACGGCCCAGGCGGUCCUCUUAUUCGAAUCGAGAUGCCUGGGCUCGACCGCACCAACACCGAAGGAGACGAGAGAGUGAUGCUAGCAUCGGUGGAAUCUCUCUCGUCGCUGCAGUAAAGGCUAUCGGGAGUGCCGGAAAGGAGAAGCGGAGAGAUAGCAUGACAAGCAAGGAUUCUGGAAAGGCCAGGGAGAAGGCUAGAGAAGUGAUCAAGGACGCUAGCAAGGACAAGGGUAAAGAAAGCAAGAAGGAAGGAGACAAGUCUAGUCCUCGAAGCCGGGAACGGGAAACAGAAAAGGAGGCUAAUCGUCGUACCCUUCGUGCUGCUGAAGAAGAGGUUGAACAACGCCGCAAGCGUCGUGACUCACAUCGACCCUCUGACAGUAAGAAGAAGGACGAAUCUCGGCGAAAGGCUCCCGCAGAGGCAGAGAAGAAAAGGACUGAGACUGAGGAAGAACGGAGGAUUAGACAUGAGGAGCGCAAGGCCGCGAAGAAAGCUGAGGCAGAGAAAGCUGAGGCAGAGAAAGCUAAGGCUGAAGAAGAGCGCAUUGCCGAAAAAGAGCGCAUUGCAAAAGAAGAAGCCGAAAGGCGAGCGCGCCAUGAGGCUAGAAGAGAGGCAAAGCGGCUUGAAGCUGCAAAACGUAGGGAAGAGGAAGAAGCGGCGGCAGCAAAGCGUGAAGAAGAGGAGGAGGAAACGGAAAGACGGCGUCGACGGCGCGAGAAGAAAAGGUUGGAGCGUGAACAAGAAGCCAAGAGGGCGGCCGAUCGAGUCCGACCAAAGGCCAAAGAGGUGGAACGACCAGUGACCAGAGACGCUGCUCGACGCGCUGCUGAAGAAGAUUCUGAGGUGUCUCCUGCUUCUCCGGUAUCUCCUCGCGGUCCUUCAAGACGGCAGACUGGUCUGAGUGAUCGCGCCCGUGACGCUUCACCACCUCCAUGGGCUAGAAGAAACAGCAUUCUCGGAGGUCUUUUUGGUCGAUCAAAGACGGAACCUAUAGUACCUAUCGCUCCCAAAGUCUUGAAGCCUGUCAGCAAAGUCAAGACGGAUCCGAUUCCUCCGCCAGCGGUCAGAAGUCUUGGGAAAGAGAAAGAACGCCCGACAAGCAGCAAGCUAAGCUCAGAAGACAGUCAAGGGGAGCGCCCGCAUCACCGACACAGACGCCACUCCCAUCACCACCGUCAGAGAACCGAGUCAGAAGAAGCAGAACACCGAGCUAGGAAGGAGCGUCGCGCUGCGCGUGGUGCCAAAGAGAAGGAAUUCGAGAUGUCAGGAGCUGCAGAUGGCGGAGGUGUUACUUUGGAAGCAGAGCCCGAAGUAGUCCCCGAAGCACCUCGUGAAGCACUUCGUGAAGCACCUAUUGAGGAGCCACCAGCGCCUCCCGAGGCCCUCGUCCAAGACGCGGCUGCUGUAGUAGGAUCACAUUCUCCCGGCGAACGACGUGCGCAUCGAUCCAGCCGAAGGAUGUCAGUGAAUGAAAGACCCAAGACUGUGAGAGCCGAGAGCGAUCGACCGCGAUCAAGCAAAGUCGAGAGUGCUGAGAAGCCAAGAAUCUCGAGACGAGAGACGGAGAGGAGAAGAUCUAAGAAAGACGAACCGCCAAUGAAAGGAUUCUGGGGAGGUUUGAGGAAGAUGGUUGCUUGAUUUUUGUUCUCCCUUCUCUUCUUGUUUGCAUAAUUAUGAUUGAUAUGACAUUUUACAUUGCUGGCCUCGAUUUAGCGCUUACGAAAUGAGUCUUUCGGAUACGUUUUUUUCGUUUGUAUUGGGCGGCAUUUUGUAAUUGUAUGCUGUAUGAGUCUAGGGAAGUAACAUAUGCAUUGCUGGGAGCUGGCCAAUUGCGUUCGUAGUGGUCUCUCGAGCCUAAGAGACGAUUUUUUUUUUCUAUUCAUUUCUUGGAGGUAACAUUGUAUUAGUCUUAAUGAUUGACGAUUUCUGGCUAUUCCUACAAUACCAAAUUAUGGUUUGUACUUGCAAUAAAUCUGUGCACACCCGUUUACCACUGC